AUGGAUCAUCAAGCUUUUCUUUAUACUGUUAUCUAUGCAAGUCCUAGAGAAGAAAUUCGGAAGAGACUUUGGGAUGAUUUACUUCAGUUAUCAGAAGAUAUCUCGGUUCCUUGGUUAAUUGCAGGUGAUUUUAAUGAAAUUGCCUUUCCAGGUGAGAAACGUGGUGGUGCUCCAGUUGAUACUAGCAGAUGUAAUAAAUUUGCUUCUCUUCUAACUGAUAUAAAGAUGAUUGAUCUUGAAGGAAUAGGUUCUAAAUUUACAUGGCGAGGACCAAGAUUUCUUCAUUUAGAUAGAGUCUUUAAACGUUUAGAUCGAGCUUGUAGCAAUGCUGAAUGGAGGUUGAUGUUUCAUGAAGGCCAGGUUCGAGUGCUUCCUCGUAUUAACAGUGACCAUAAUCCUAUCCUUAUUACCUUAGAGCCAAGCAAAGUUGAUGGGUGGAAUAAAGAUGUGUUUGGUAAUAUCCAUCAUAAGAAGAACAGGUUGAUUGGUAGGCUUGAAGGUAUCCAGAGGGCAAUUUCUGAGCAGAAUAAAAGCCAUUUGGAAAAGAUUGAAGGCAAGAUAAGGGGUGAACUUGAACAAGUUUUAGAACAGGAGGAACUUUUGUGGUUUGAAAAGUCUCGUGCUACUUGGAUAGCUCAAGGAGAUAGGAAUACAAAGUACUAUCAUACGAAAACAAUUGUUAGACGUAGAAGGAGCAAGAUCUUGGAGUUGAAAGAUGAUGCUGGAAACUUGAUUAGAGAAGAUCACAACAUUGCACGGGUAAUAAAUGCUUACUUCUCUAAACUAUUUUCUGAAGAAAACCAUGAUCUUCCUUGGGUCCAGACUCUUUGGCCAAAGGUGGACGAUGAGACUGCUGUUAACUUAGGUGCUCCAAUUUCAAAAGAUGAAGUCAGACGAGCUUUCUUUUCUAUGAAAGAUUCGAAAGCUCCAGGGGAGGAUGGCUAUACCGCGGCAUUCUACAAAAAGAACUGGGAAUUUAUUGGUGAACAGAUUUGGAGAGAUAUCAAGUAUUAUGCAGAAAACCCUUCCAGCAUUGAGGAAGUCAAUGGUACUCUGAUCACUUUGAUCCCCAAAGUUCCUAAGCCAAUGUAUGUUUCUCAAUUCAGGCCUAUUUCUUUGUGUAAUGUCAUUUAUAAGGGUAUGAGCAAGAUCAUUGUGGAUAGGCUUAAGCUUACAAUGGAGAAUUUAGUUUCUCCUUACCAAGCUAGCUUCGUGCCAAAUCAUCAGCUUCAGGAUAAUAUUAUAGUAGCAAAGGAGCUGGUUCAUUCUAUGGGGAGAGUAAAAGGAAAGAAAGACUAUGGAGCUAUCAAGGAUAGGAUACGUUCAAAACUGAAUGGUUGGAAAAGUCAUUGCCUUUCUUUUGCUGGUCGAGUUACUUUGGUGAAAUCGGUCAUUGCUGCAAUCCCUUCUUUCCAUAUGCAGAAUGGUCUUUUACCAGUAACGUUUUGUGAUGAAAUUGAGCAGAUACAAAGGGCUUUCAUUUGGGGAGAUCAGGAUAGCAGAAGGCGGGCUCAUUUAGUAGCUUGGGAUCAAAUGUAUAAACCCAAAGAUAGAAGUGGUUUGGGAAUAAUUAACCUUCGACUCCAAAAUGAAGCUUAUAUUCAUAAACUGGCGUGGAAGGUGUUAACUAAGAAAGAUGAUUUAUGGGUUAAGAUUUUAGUAGCCAAGUAUGGUAGAGGUCAAGACUUAAGGAGAGCACCUGUAAAUGAGCCUCACGAAGAUCUCGACCCAAAAGAGACAAUGUCUGACUAUUUGGAAUAG